AUGGGCCUCAACACCACGAACCCCGCCAUUGGGCCUACCACAAGCCCAUGGGCUCACCCGUCAAGAAGCACUCCAACUGGAGUCGUCAGCUCUCUACGAUUGGUCAAAAGGCAGGAUGAAAACACUCGUAUAACUAUUACUCAAACCCUUCCACGCCCAUCCAGCACUUGGGUUGCAACGGCGACACUUCACGGUGACUUCCCGGCUACUCCUCCUGCCAGAUCGACCGGCGGAGUGAGCAAUGGCCAAAUUGGAGCAAUAAUAGGAGCAACAUCCGCGACUUUGAUUGGUAUUUUGGUCGUUGGCUGGUAUUGUCUUCGUAAGCGGCGGAAAGGCCAGUCGCUUCCCAAGUCGUCUCGUUCAACCAUUUCGCCUUUCUCAUCACCACCAUCCUCGCCCAGACCUAUUCCCCCUCGAACACACUCUUCGUACGUCAGGCCAAAAGUACAGCCUUAUGAAGGUCUACGCAGUGUUCCUCCCGGACCUGAUUUCAGUAAACCUCCCAUCCCUCCGUCCUUCAACGGACAGCCAGGAGAUUCACAACCAGGAGGUUCGACUUCAGCGCCAAAUUUCAGUGGACCACCCAUCCCACCAACCUACAUACCGAACUUUCAGAAUUCAUCAUCGAAUCAUACAUUCCACCCGCAGUCAAACGUCCCACGGUCCAAUGUCCCGCAGCCCAAUACACAAAGUUCACAGCCAUUCGGCGAACAACCUGCCCCCACGCAUAAUUCUUCAGCAAAGCCUGAUAGUAAGCCUGAAGACAGUGGGGGAGAAAUCAAAGGCCAAGGAAUUAGAGAUGAGGUGGCUCCGCAAGUGAUCAACGUCGACCCUGGCCCAUCGACUCGUGAUAGACAGGGAUCUGAGAGUCACAGAGCAACAGCAGUACCUAAGGCCUCCAGUAAUAAUAUCGAGAGAAGCAGAAAUGGUAAACAAGGCAAUGGUCCAGUUUCAGCCGGCAAGGUUCAAGGCCAUUAUGAAAGUCGACCCAAAGAAUCUAACAAGCAACCACCGGCCAGGGCCCAGCCUGUACCUUCAAGCAAGCCUAAAGCAAAAUCGCCCAAGGUUUUUCACGAUCAGAAGCCACCGAAUGCGCCGGUAACCAGAGCAAGACGAGAUACUAGUGAGGCUUUCAGCGUGUCCAUCAUGAAAUAUGUUGCAGGGCGCAAAUAA